UUAUAUUUUUUAACGUGCAUACUAAUUUAAAAGUAAUUGUAAUAUGAUUCAUUGGUUUACGAGGGAUUCUGAAGAAUAAAUAUGAUUCAAAUAUUAAAAAGUUAAAAUUGGAAAGGUAUAGUUCUGUGUGAUAAACGUAGUCGAUUCUCAGUAAAUUAUUGGGAAGGUGCGCGCGCAUCCAAAUCAGCCAGGGUGGACUGAUGAAAAUACGGCUAUUCCUCAGUGAGCUAUCGAAGUGCGUCUGACCUGUUAUACAUUGCUUCAACGAAAUACCUAUAAACGACGCAUACAGCACUCGUUCUGUUUUUCUGUGCUACUAUUAACAAGUUUUGUGGUCAAUCGUAUUUUUCUCGACAACAGUUAACAGUGAAUUCAACAAAAUGGUGUCCGGAGGAAUGGCUUGCGUUAAAUAUUUAACGUUUCUCUUCAACUUGAUAUUCGCGAUAACUGGAAUUGUAUUUAUCGCAGUUGGUACUGUGAUUCUUGUGGUUUACAGUGGUUACAACAAUUUUAUGGAUAGUUGGUUCUUUGCAGCACCAGUAUUAAUGAUAGUAGUAGGAGUUGUUGUAUUUAUUGUAUCAUUCUUUGGUUGCUGUGGUGCUGUUAAAGAAAAUCAUUGUAUGAUAAUAACGUUCUCUGUAUUACUUCUUGUAAUCUUUGCAAUGGAACUUGGUGCUGGUAUUGCUGGAUAUAUGAUGCAAGGAGAAGUUAGUACAAUGGUAGCAAAUCGAUUGAAUACCACUAUGGGAGAAUAUUUAACUGAUGAAGAUAUCCAUAAAUCCUGGGAUAUCAUGCAACAUGAUUUAAAAUGUUGUGGAAUGAUUGAUGCAAAUGACUGGGCUCGUGCUGGAUUCCCAGACAAUACUGUACCAAAUUCUUGUUGUAAAGAGGUACCACAAGGAAAUACAUGUGAUUCAAAUUCAAUUCAUGUAUAUGGAGAUGGUUGUAUGAUAAGUCUUCAGAAUGCUAUUGAAAGUAAUGCUCUAACUUUGGGUGGCGUUGGAAUUGGUAUUGCUAUUAUUCAGUUAAUUGGAGUAAUCUUUGCUUGCUGUUUAGCACGUUCAAUACGCCGCGAGUACCAGACUGUGUAAGCAGACAGAUAUCUACAAUCUAAAUGUCUAAAAAUUGCACUCAGACUUGAAAAUACGCUCUUUUUCUUUCUGUUUCACAUAUUCAUGCAUCAACUCUUCCUAUGUUUUCCUUUAAGUAAUCAAAUAUUGCACAAAUUGCACAUUAUGUAUCUUUUUAUCAUGCUGCACAAAAAACAUACAAAAAUUCUUGUUAUCGGUAAUAUUAUCAACUCAAUUAAACACUGUUUUAUACUUCAUUAUGUAUGUGUAAAUAAUCACGUUCAAUUCUGUUAUUACUAUUGUUAAUGUUGCUAUUACUGUUAUUACUGCUACUGUUACUACUUCCAUUACUGUCAUUACUAUAAUAUUAGUAAUGAUAAUAAUGUUAGUGGUAUUACAUUUUCAUCUUGAAUUUUACGUUAAUUCUAUUUCAAUGAUCAUAAUUUUCAUGUCAACUGAAAGAAACACUUUUGUGCAGUAAGGUGUCCUUAUGACUGUUUUUUAAAGACUGAUCGCUUUUAUUCUAUGUCAAUGGAAAGAAAUUGUUAUACUUUGUUUAUAAACUGUGCAUGAAAGAAAUUAAUAACUAUAAACCAAAAACAAAUAUAUAUUAAGAUGUCAAAGUUGGAUACAUGAAUAUUCAUAUGCUUUCCGUUACUAGUUAUAUAUAAUUUUAUCAUGGAACAUAAUCUUGAAUAUCCAUGUGUAGUAUUUAAUGUUUUAUUAACAUUACGUUAAAAAUUACCAUAAUCGUUAAAAGUAUUAAGCAAACAUUAUUAGUUCUCUAUAUUGAAUUUAAGCUUUUUUAUAAUUCUGUUAAAAAUAAUGUAACUUUAAUGGUGUUUGUAUGGUAUUUUUUUAAUUUGUUAACGUUUAAAUUAUAGAUAAAAUUUAAAAGAAUACCAAACAAAGAUAAGAUUAAUGCAAAUAAUAUAAUUUCUAAUUAAAAAGAAAUAAUAUAUUGAAAAGGUACUAUGGUUUAAUCGUUAAGCAAAAUAAGCAUAGUAUUUAUUAUACGUUUCUAAUUACGCUCUUUAAUUUCUGUUAAUUUAUUUAUCAGUGCUUUCUUUAAGUUGUAAUGUUUUUGUCGUAAAUUUGACAAAAUCAGCAAAAAAGUAUUGUAUUAGUCAUGGUCAGUACCGUUAUGUCUUUUACUUGAUUAAAUCAUUGUAUCUAAAACAGGAAGAUAAAUGAUUGUCACAGAAAAAUGAUUUAAGAAUAUCUCUAUUUAUCUAAGAAAUAAAAAGGUGUUCCAUUGUUCAUAUAAAAUUUACAUAAUGUUGACACAAUAAAUUAUUUAUUAUUAUAAGCAGUAAACAUAACAGUAUGAUAUGAUUGCACAGUUGUAUAUUAACAAAUUUCGAGAACACUGGAAUGUACUUCGAACAGUAUGUUUUAUGCACCAAUACAAAUUCAAUGCUAUUAAUAAACAACUGUGUUCAAUUAACA